CCGACAUUUUGUCAGCACAAAGAAAGAUCGUUGUGCGAAGGGGAGUAAGAUCAGCGCCCGGUAAGAACAUCUGCCUAAAAAGAUGACUGAGGACUCUGAACAACAGCCUGAGGUUGACGAGCAAUCGAAAGGGGUAUUGCUGGCCAGUGGCGUCACGGGCACAGUCAAGUGGUUUAAUGUAAGAAGUGGCUACGGUUUCAUCAACCGGGACGAUACGCAGGACGACAUCUUCGUCCAUCAGACUGCCAUUUCUAAGAACAAUCCCAAGAAGUACCUGCGCAGUCUUGGGGAUGGUGAGACAGUUGAAUUUGAUGUGCUUGCUGGAAGAAAGGGCCAAGAAGCCAGUAAUGUGACUGGUCCUGACGGUUCCGCAGUGCAGGGAAGCAAGUAUGCCCCAGACAGACGUCGAUUCCGUACUCGCCGUAAUUACUACAGUCGCCGUAAGGAUGGAGAGGACGGUGAGGAGCAGGAAGAGGGUGGUACCUCAGAGGGCGGGGAGAACACAGAGGGGCGUCGCCCUCCGAGAUCAGGAAGAGGAAGAGGAGGCGGAAGAGGGAGAUACCGUAAUCGUGGUUACCGUCGUCCAGCAGGGGACUCUGAUGAAGCUGGUGUAAAGAAAGAGAACGGUGACAAAGAAGAUGGCGUGGAUUCGGAGAAACCCCGUCGUCGUUACCGUCCACGUUAUCGUAACUACAGACAGCAACGUCGCCAGGAAGGAGACGAGGAAGGAGGUGGUGGUGAUGAGAAUAAGGAGAACGAGGGAGAACAGCGCCCUCAACGAAGACGUUACCGCAGACGCAGACCUCCAGGUGCACGCAACGAAAAGCAAGGCUCUGCUGGAGAGGGAAGCCCAUCUGGUCCUAAAGAGGAGCACGCUGCACCAGAAGCUACCGAAGUCAAUGAGUGAAUAACACCAAGUUAGGCCAGGCAGACAGACACCCACAAACACGCCCACAUAGAACCCAGGACAUAGCAACAUCAUGUGGGAUCAAACAUCCUGCAAAUAUUAUUUUCAGACACGAGAGAUAUGGAAGGCAAAUGAUAACAAACACACUCCCUGUCUGUGGAGACGAUUGGUGAAAUUAAGGUAGUUGGCAUUUGUGAUCCAUAGUUGCGAAGUUGUACACUUAAGGCCUGUUUUUAUAUCAGCCGUAUGUAGUAUUUGGAAUGUAUUAAUACCAGAAACUCAGCACAAUCUUUUCAAACCGGUAAAAAAAAAAAAAUAGUUAAGAGACUUCCAAGAAACUCCAACCUGUAGAGGAUUACAAACUCUGCCUACAAUGUGUAUGUAUACCAUGACGUUACAUUUAGCUCUGGUAUCAAUGUACCUACCAAUAAUUUUGCAGGUGUUUUAUGCACCUGUCAUGAGACGCCUGGUGUAUACUGGCCGUCUGCGGCAUGCUAACUAAAAACAGUACUUUAUGGCGGAUAAUUUACCACGAAGGAUACAAAAAACCUUUUGCAAUAUUUGGCAAUUUGCAAUGAUUUUUUAUAAAGAAACCAAAGUCAUAGAUAUAAGAACUACUUAAUAAAUUGAGGCCAAACAAUUGGACAGUAUUACAAAAAAACGGUUACAGACACUUCCAAUAGCUGAUAUCGUCAAGACCUUGAUGCCAUGGAAACAAUAUUGAAUACUUUUUGGGGAAUAACUUUUACGAUCGUAAGUCCUGGCACUUCGUAGAGCAGACGUUAAUGUAUUUGUAGUUGAGGUAUAUGUGUCAUUUUGGAUCGGACCGAUUUGGCUGUGGUUUUGUAGUACAAAACCCAGGUAUCUGCCAACAAGUUGUAUUUCAUUUUGUAGGACAUUUUUGUACCAAAUUUGACGAAUUUGACUAAAAAGUUAAUUUUGAAAAGUUUCAUUUGUAUCUGAAAUCCGUCUUGAAAAAAAAAAAGAGAGAAGACAAAUUGCAUUUGCUGCAUUAAAAGUUUUGUUUUGGGGAUAGUAUUUUUUGAAUUUUGGGGGAUUAGAAAUUCUAAUCUAUAAACAAAAAAAUGAAAUUAUUUAAAGAAAAAAAUGAAAACUUAAAUAAGUUUGAAAGAUUCAAAUUUUGUUUUGGCAGGUGCCAGGCCAAAGGUCAAUUUUCUUAUUUAAUUCCCUGCGGCUUUGAGGACUAUAGUUCCUAAUUUUUGGCACUUUUGUUGUUAUUCCUGCAUAAUUUCUUUCCAUUUCAUUUUCUACCAUCUAUAGCAGGAGAUCUCAUUUGUGAUAAAUAUAAAAAGACUUCUUUGUAAAGACCUUAGAAGCUACAACACAAAUCCGAAUGAGGCUCAAAAAAAUAAACACCAUGUUUGAGCAAAGAAA